UCUGGCAGCAUCAUUUCGCAGUCCUGCGCGGCCGCAGAGCGCCUGCCCACAGACAUGGCGGCGCCCUGCUCGGCUUCGCGUCGCCCGGACUGCGGGGCCAGAAAGAGCUUUGCCAGUUCUCCGGACUUCCUGCACGUCUAGCAUUUAAACGCGAGCCGGGGGCGGCGGGAUGCUGCUGCUGAUGCGGAGUUGUGUGGGCUGCUCUCCACUGCCGUAGCGGAGCCCGAGCGUCCCCCAGACACGCAUCUGGAGAGACCCAGGACCCUCACAACGGCUUCCCGGCAGAUUCGCCUUUAAUUUCCAAGGCUGCAGAUCUCCUGGCUCAGCCCGCAGCAUCCUCCUCCCCAGUCCAUCUGCGGAUGAAGCAGGGACUGGGCUGGGUCCAGCAGUUGGGGCAGCCCGGGCCAUGGUGCAUCUGAGCCCAGUGCUCCGGUAAGGUGGCAGGGGAGGCAGCGCUGUUCAAGCCAGGCGGGUGUCUCUCCGGGGAGCCUUCCCCAAGCUGCCACGAUGUUCAGCUGGCUGGGUAGCGAUGAUCGCCGCAAGAAGGACCCUGAGGUCUUCCAGACGGUGAGUGAGGGGCUCAAGAAACUCUACAAGACCAAGCUGCUGCCCCUGGAAGAGUAUUACCGUUUCCACGAGUUCCACUCGCCGGCCCUGGAGGAUGCAGAUUUCGACAACAAGCCCAUGGUGCUGUUGGUGGGCCAGUACUCUACUGGCAAGACCACCUUCAUCAGGUACCUGCUGGAACAGGAUUUCCCAGGCAUGAGGAUUGGGCCGGAGCCAACCACUGAUUCCUUCAUAGCAGUGAUGCAAGGAGAUGUGGAGGGCAUCAUCCCUGGGAAUGCCCUGGUGGUGGACCCCAAGAAACCCUUCCGAAAGCUCAACGCCUUUGGCAAUGCCUUCUUGAACAGGUUUGUGUGCGCCCAGCUGCCCAACGCCGUGCUAGAAAGUAUCAGUGUCAUUGACACGCCGGGCAUCCUCUCUGGUGAGAAGCAGAGAAUCAGCCGAGGGUAUGAUUUUGCUGCUGUCCUCGAAUGGUUUGCUGAGCGGGUGGACCGCAUUAUCCUGCUCUUUGAUGCCCACAAGCUGGACAUCUCUGAUGAGUUCUCAGAAGUCAUCAAGGCCCUCAAGAACCACGAGGACAAGAUGCGAGUAGUGCUGAACAAGGCCGACCAGAUUGAGACCCAGCAGCUGAUGCGUGUGUAUGGAGCCCUUAUGUGGUCCCUGGGGAAGAUUGUAAACACACCAGAGGUGAUCCGGGUCUACAUUGGCUCCUUCUGGUCUCACCCGCUCCUCAUUCCUGACAACCGGAAGCUCUUUGAAGCAGAAGAGCAAGACUUAUUCAAAGACAUUCAGAGUCUACCCCGUAAUGCUGCUCUUAGAAAGCUCAAUGACCUCAUCAAGAGAGCCCGGCUGGCCAAGGUCCAUGCCUAUAUCAUCAGCUCCCUGAAGAAGGAGAUGCCCUCGGUGUUUGGGAAGGACACCAAAAAGAAAGAGCUGGUGAACAACCUGGCUGAGAUUUAUGGCCGGAUUGAGCGAGAGCACCAGAUCUCUCCCGGAGACUUCCCCAAUCUGAAGAGGAUGCAGGACCAGCUGCAGGCCCAGGACUUCAGCAAAUUCCAGCCCCUGAAGAGCAAGCUGCUAGAGGUGGUGGAUGACAUGCUCGCACACGACAUUGCCCAGCUCAUGGUGCUGGUGCGCCAGGAAGAGACCCAGCGGCCUGUCCAGAUGGUGAAGGGUGGAGCAUUUGAGGGAACCCUGCAAGGCCCCUUUGGGCAUGGCUACGGAGAGGGGGCCGGGGAGGGCAUUGAUGACGCUGAGUGGGUGGUAGCCCGGGACAAGCCUAUGUACGAUGAGAUCUUCUACACCCUGUCCCCGGUGGAUGGCAAGAUCACAGGUGCCAAUGCCAAAAAGGAGAUGGUACGCUCCAAGUUACCCAACAGCGUGCUGGGCAAGAUCUGGAAGCUAGCUGACAUUGACAAGGAUGGCAUGUUGGAUGACGAGGAGUUUGCCCUGGCCAACCACCUUAUUAAAGUCAAGCUAGAGGGGCAUGAACUGCCCAAUGAGCUGCCUGCCCACCUCCUUCCUCCAUCUAAGAGGAAAGUAACUGAGUGACAGAGACAGGUAACUUCAGACAGGCAGUGUUAGAAGAGAAGAUGGGCAUGAUGACCACACACACACACACACACACACACACACACCUUGACAGUCACACUAUCAAUGAGAAGGGUUCUUCCUCGUUUGAAUACCUCUCCAAGUUCCCAGGGUUGGUAGAAGGGCAGCCUUACCUCCUAUGUCCUAGGGUAUAAGCCUGUGUUCCCACACUCCAUCUCCCAUCCCCCAGAGAUGUGAGGCAAUCGACUGGCCACAGAUGGCCCGCCCACCCUAUCCCCCAGUGCCUCCCGCCUAGGUUCUGAGCAGAUGGAAAAGGCUUUCCAUGGAAUAGACAAUUCGCUUCAUUUUCUGUGCUUUUAUUUUCCCUCUUUGCCUUCCUAAUUAGAAGUUUACUCAGGGGCUGGGAGCUGUGAGGGAAAGGAGAAUCUGGGAGAGAUUAAUCACAUCAAGAAACCUCCUUAGGGUACUACAUCCCAGACUUGAAGAGACAUUGGCCUAUGUUCUUUGUAUUUUUCAAAACCUAGGACUCUGUCUUCCUCAGCAGACUCGGACCUUGAACUCUGCCUGCCAGUUUGUGUCAAAGAACCCGAACGGGGAGAGAAAAGGAAAAGCUUGUUCAGAAAACAGACAGAAGCUGCCCUGUGGUCUUCUUGAACAGGGCAGCCAUAGUGCACAGGUUUAUCAGGUCCUUUUUCCCCAGCCUCGGAUGUCUGGAUACUCGGUUUCUUUACACACACCAAGCCAUUCCUGGGUGAGAGGAACAGUGUCAGGCACUUUAUACGUGUUGGUCUCUGUGGGCUUCACUAAUGCACUAGUUAAGAAUGCAUCACUCCCAUUCCUGAACCAGAGACUCAGAGUAGUUUAGGGGAUCUUUCCAAACUCCUGGAGGUCACAAGGAGAGAAGAUUCAAAUCCAGGGCUUAAGACCCCUCUAUUUCUCCCUGUUGUGUGAUGGAUAAAAGGCCCCAGUGUUGCUACCUGGUGACAAAGCACAGAACAAUUCAAACACACAGUCCCUCACGCAGCCUCAAAGAGCAUCCAAGCAAGGGAGUGGGGCUCACCAGCAUUUGGUGGGCUAUCAAUCUGGCCAUCUGUCACCUUGAAGAAGCAAACUGUGCCUUCUGGCCCUGGGCCUCGUGUUCUCAACAUCACAGAAGUCCACAACCAAGCCAUCCGGAGAGUGGGCUGGCCUGCUAGAUGGUGUUUGUGUUUGUUCCCACUCAGCUUCCCAGCCAUCAACCUGAAGCAUCCCAAAUUCAGCCACGGGCUGUUACCAAGCAGUACUGUGUGCUAAGUCUGUAGAGUUCCAGGGACUGGUGUCCUCGGCAAAAAUCUCUAUGCUCAAUACCCUUCAUCCUCCUCUGUGGUCUUUCCCUGGGCUUGCUCCAUGGCCACUGGCCCAGUGACUUUCUGCCACACUCCUACUGUGAUGGAGAGCAAAGCAAGUAUAACUUAUUUUGUAUCUAUGUUCAGACUAUAUUAACUGUUCUGUGUAUCUACAAUGUGCUUAUCGCUGCAAUGUGUUUGUCAUUAGGAUUCAUGUUAAUACAACCUAUUUACCCUUUGGUA